AUGGUCGAGGAACUCGACACAAACAAGAUCAAAGACUGGCGUUCAAUCACUACGCUUGUUGUUUUUGUCCUCGCCAAUGUUGUCGUCAUCUUUCCCUUCCAUAUACCCCUCUAUCUUCCUCGAUGCCUUCUCAAUACUGCUUUAGACGCUCUCAGUACCUGGAGAGUGAUCAAUGAGCGUCAACGUGAUCAGGAUGCUGGCCGUUUCGUUCGCAUAUACUUUCCCUUCAAUUUUGUGACAGCACCUUUGAUUGCCGACCUAUUGCUCCUGGCGGUUUCGGCGAUUGGGCGCAAGGAGGUGUACGAGGGGACUAUCAAAGCCGACAACAUAUCUCCUAUCGAUAUUAUGGUCUUCUUUCUCAGUCUUGCAUACAUCGCUAUCUCCAUCGAUGCCUCUGGCUUUAUUCGCUAUUUGGCAUUUAAAGUACUACAAAAAGGUGCCCAGUUUGCGGUCGCCAACAUCGCUUCCGCAAUCCUGGUCACCUCCAAUCCCACGAAACUCGUGCUCACGAGCGCCUUUGAAAUCAGAUUUAUCGAUUACACGGCGAACAUGAUUGUCCCAGUUGUAAUUACUGCCAUCGUUCUGUUCCCCUUUUUGCUAUACAUUAUCUUCGCAGACGAAUCGUUGGUCCCACUAUCAAUCGAAAUGCACGAGCUGCCGGAGGAAGCAAAGAACAAAAGCCCAGUGAACCCUAACAUCCCUAAAAAAGGAGGCAUCGAUAAAGUGCAGGGGAACGAGGCAGCAAGCAGCGAGGACGGCAAGCUGUUAUCGCUCGAGGAAAUCCUGAACCCUUUUCUCGAUAAACGUGGAGCAGCUUUUGGUAUAGUCAUCAUGGCUGCGACGCUCAUCACUGUUUUGACGCUUGAUGCAGCAAACCAGGGUCACGCGCAACCUGUUUUCUGGGUGACCUUGCCAGCUGCAUUUGUCCUAUUCUGCUGGGAUAUAGCAAAUGGAUGGCUUCAACGCCAUGAGACACACGAGAUUGCACGCAGGCGCCAAGAAGAGGUGGAGCGCAUGCGCGCUGACCGGGUUGUGGGGGGUAGCGAAUUAGCGGAAGACAGACGGAAGCCCCAGUUGACCGGGGCGCAUGUUACUCCAUCAUCUGGCAUUCUCGACCGAAGAAACCGUGGGACCCCAAGCGCGCCAUCUACCAUCUCGAUGAAUAACCAGCUACCUCACCAACAGUCGCUCCCGAGUAACGUGAGCACUCUCGACGAGGANAGUCGUAACCAAUGCCAAUCUAUCAAUUUUUCUCUGUUAGUAACUGUUGCUCAAGAAAUGGCGAAGCUUCCGACCAAGUGA